AGAGGAGCUGGACGAGUACAAAGGUCAAAGUUAACGCCAAGAAGACUACCAAGCCGCCAAAGCACCCUCAUGGCAAACACGAGGAAACCAUAGAGACUGCCAUUGGUAUUGAGGAGACAGCAACCGGCAAGGAGAUGGUCGAGGUUGUUACCACGACGGUUGUUAAGCGGCCUGAUAGCUCACAGGACACGGGGAGCGAGAGCCUGGAGGCAGCAAUCAGAAAGCUGCAGGAGACGGUGGCUACUAUCACGCAGUCGAUGGCGAAGAUGGGCGAGGAUCAUCGUUUGGCCAUGGGCCGUUUGCAUGCAGAGCUCCAGGAGACUAACAAGAAGGAGGCAAAGGAGAAGGAGGAGUCUGCAACCAAGGUAGAGGUCGACAUUAAGACCGAAACCAAGGUCGAAGACAAGACUAAGGACAAGACUGAGGACAAGACCGAGACAAAGGUUGAGACCAAGACCAAAACCGAGGAGACGACUGAGACCAAGGUUGAGACCAAGGCUGAUGCCAAGACUGAGGUGAAAACAGAUGUACAGACAAGUACGACGAUCGAGGAGGUGGCUGAAGAGAAGGUCGAGGAGAAGGUCGAGGAGACAGCAGACAUUGAAACAAUCUCUAUUGAUAUCUUUGACGACAAGUCCGAGAUGAAGCCCGAGACGAAACCCGAGACCAAGGUGGACGUGGAUGUAGAUGUCAAGGUCGACGAGAAGAAGGACGAGAAGAAGGACGAGAAGAAAUCUGAGGAGAAAAUCGACGUCAAUGUUGAGGUCAAGAAGUCUGAGGAGGAGACGACCAAGGUUGAUGUCAAGGUUGACGAGAAGAAGGACGACAAGAAGGAUGACAAGAAGGAUGACAAGAAGGACGAGAGUAUCCACGUCAAGAUCGAUGUCGAAGAGAAGUCCAAGGGAGAGCUUGUGGAAGAAAAGGUCAAGAUCAAGGUCGAAGAGUCUGUGGUGAAGAAGAAGAAACCCAGCAACGAGGAGGUUAUCAAGAUCGAUAUAUGUGAAACAGCGCAUCACGGCAGCCACCAUCACCAUCACCACCACCACGGCGCAAUCCGUGUCGAUGAUCUUAGCUCUGGAUUCGUUGUGACCACCGGUCCAUAUAACAACGGGUUCUUUCAGCAGGGGUUUGCUGAGACCGGCAUGCCAUCGUCAUUUUCGCGGCCACGCUUCAUGAUGUCGCCGUUCACACCGUCAAUUGGGUACAGUGUCGAGGAUUUCAAGUUCAGGUUUGGGAAUCCAGGCGAUUUCCCGAGCAAGGCACUGUGCAUGGGGCGAUACAGUUGCGUGUCCCCACUGCUUGAAGAUUAAGAUCAAGGAGAUGGGCUAUGACUGCACUGAGGCGCAUCUGGCUUCGUUGCUUGACGUGUAUAACGGCGAUGCUCGCAGAGUUAUCGAAUUUGUCACCCGCUAAUAUGCGUGUUUAUGCGAUCUACUCUUUUUUACACAUACCUCUGAAUAUAAACUGCUAUUCCAC